GCCAGGCAGGACGCGCCGGAAGCCGGAAGUACCAUCAGCACCGGAAGCUCCGGAAGGCGGAAGUGCCGGCGGGGCGCGAUGGCGGCGGCGGUGUCGGCCCUCAGCAGCCUCGGCGUGCCCGAGGCCGAUGUUGGGAGCGAGGAGGAGGAGGAGGAGGAGGAGGCCGAGCCCGGCCCGGCGGCGGCGGCGGCGGCGGAGCAGAGACGGGAGGAGCGGCUGCGCCGGUUCCGCGAGCUCCACAUGAGGCGGUACGAGGCCUGCAAGCUGAACAGCCAGGAGGUGGUGGAGGAGGACAAGAGGCUGAAGUUGCCCCCGAACUGGGAGGCUAAAAAGGCUCGGCUGGAGUGGGAGCUGCAGGUGCAGGAGAAGAAGAAGGAGUGCGCUGCCCGGGGCGAGGACUACGAGCGCGUGAAGCUGCUGCAGGUGAGCGCCGAGGACGCCGAGCGGUGGGAGAGGAAGAGGAAGAGGAAGAACCCCGACCUGGGAUUCUCAGACUACGCGGCGGCGCAGCUGCGCCAGUACCAGCGGCUGACGCGGCAGAUCAAGCCCGACCUGGAGCAGUACGAGCGCCUCAAGGAGCAGUGCGGGGAGGCCCUGUACCCCACCUCGGACAGCCUCCUGCACGGCACCCACGUGCCCUCCAAGGAGGGCGUGGACAGGAUGGUGGCAGACCUGGAGAAGCAGAUCGAGAAGAGGGAGAAGUACAGCCGCAGGCGGCCCUACAACGACGACGCCGACAUCGACUACAUCAACGAGAGGAACGCCAAGUUCAACCAGAAGGCCGAGAGGUUCUACGGGAAAUACACGGCUGAGAUCAAACAGAACCUGGAGAGGGGCACGGCCGUGUGAGCCUGCCUGGCACAGCUCAGAACCUGGAGAGGGGCACGGCCGUGUGAGCCUGCCUGGCACAGCUCAGCUCAAACUGAGCCUGGGCCCUGUGAGUCUGCCUGGCACAGCUCACACAGAGCCUGGAGAGGGGCACGGCCCUGUGAGCCUGCCUGGCACAGCUCACACAGAGCCUGACAGAGCUCAGCUCAAACUGAGCCUGGGCCCUGUGAGUCUGCCUGGCACAGCUCAGCUCAAACUGAGCCUGGGCCCUGCACGCCUUCCUGCCCCAGCUCACUCCUGGCUCCUCUGUUGCCGUUUUCUAUUUUAAAUUGUAUCAGAAGUAGAUUGUAGCCGUUGCUCUCUCAGCUCGGUGUUUAGCCUGCUGAACCUUUUGCAGAAUUCAGCUGUAAAUAGCUUUGGCUGCAGGAGGAGCCAGGUUCUGCCUUCUGUGCUCUGAAUAAACUCUUUGGUCUAA